CGCAAAUAAUCCUGUAAAAAUUUUCUGAGAAAUCAGAUAAAAAAAAAAAGAAGAAGCCAGAAAAGGAAUUUUAUAAAACAAAUGGUGUAGUUUGACGUGAAAUUGAUCACGCCACGUACUUGGCAUUGCCGUAAAAAAAGUUUUGUCUACAAAACUUUGUAUACAAAACUUUGUGGGGAAGGUCUAAACUCUAAAGUAAACAAAUCAACCCACCACUCAACAAAGCAAAAGACAAAGUCAGCCAGGAGUCACAGAGAGUGAGAGAAGAGCUUCAUCAAAAACUUCAAAGGCUGGUCAGAAAGAAAGCUCAAAACAAUGGGCGAUUCAAAAGUGGAGACGAUCUCAAGACUUGCUCAAUGGAGAAUCGAGAAUUUCGGGCCUUGCUCUUACAAAAGGUCCGAUCCUUUCAAGCUCGGAAUUUGGAAUUGGCAUUUUUCUAUAGAGAAGAAUCGGUACCUCUACAUUCGUUUGUUUCCAGAGCCAUCUCGUGUGUCCAAAGAACAGCCUCCUCUUGCUCGCUUUGUUCUUAGAGUCUCCAGUUCCGGCCCUGGCCGCAGACCCUACAUCUCUCCUAUUCAUGAAAGACUGCUUCGCACGAGUGACGACUUUGUCUGGCCUGUUGAUUCCACCUUCCUUGGUCGCCUCAUCAUUGAUGUUGAGUUUCUUGACUUGAAGAUAUGCCCUUUAAAUGGUGGGGAGGCGAGUCCUGUAUGGCCUGCUGAUGGAUUGAUGCAAUCCGUAUCAACCCAAAGCACUCUCCGAUGCCUCUCUCGCAUGCUUGAUGAGGGCAUCCAUGCUGAUGUCACUAUCAACACUGCUGAAGGCACUUUAAGAGCUCACAAAGCAAUUCUUUCUGCAACUUCUCCUGUGUUCCAAAGCAUGUUCAAUCAUGACCUUAAGGAAAAAGAGUCCUCCACAAUCCACAUAAAAGACAUGUCCCUGGAAUCUUGUAUGGCUCUUCUCAGUUACCUCUAUGGAACCAUUAAACAAGAGAAUUUCUGGAAGCACCGGUUGGCACUUCUAGGUGCGGCGAACAAAUAUGACAUUGCAGACCUAAAAGAUGCCUGUGAGGAAAGCCUUCUGGAAGAUAUUAACUCCGCAAAUGUCCUUGCAAGAUUGCAAGAGGCCUGGUUGUACCAGCUGAAUAUGCUGAAGAAAGGAUGCUUGACGUACUUGUUUGAUUUUGGCAAAAUAUACGAUGUUAGAGACGAAGUAGACGACUUUUUCAGGCAUGCAGACAGAGACUUGAUGAUGGAAAUGUUUCAAGAGGUGCUUACUGUUUGGAAGCCUUAAUAACUUUCUUUUCAUGGACUUCUUACUGUCAUGUGCAGUCUGCUGAUUGAUAAUUGUAUAUAUAGUCUUUGGUUCAAGUA